AAAACAAACUUCAUCAAAGACCAAGUUACUAUUCUAUUAAAAUGCAUUUCACGAGCUCAAUUGCCCAAGCUAUUCUCUGCCUCUCAGUGACAGUGAACGCUUCAAUUGCCAUCGGAAACCAAAUACGAGAAGGAAAAUCACAUUUCAAUGUCGCCUGGGUUGAAGGAGUGAGCCCAUGUCAGGGGGAUGUUGAGAUCGCACUUGAAAGCUCGAAGCUUUGCAACCAGAAUUUUCAGCUAAAUGGAGAGUCGUACUACUUGGUUGGAUGCACUGAUCCUAAUACGGGUUAUGCUCAAAAGCCACAGAGGCUUCGACGGGUCAAGGACAAUUCGCUCUAUGGAACUUGUGCACCAGUUUCGAAGAAGACUAUCAACUGCAAAGGGUCAACCCAUGAUGUGGUGAAGCGAUAUAUUUGUGGCUAAGCCUCUAAAAACUCAACUGGCUCGCAUCGAUUAAAGAAGUGGGUGAUUCGAUAUUUGCCAGCGGUAGGGAACAAAUGUUGAGAAACAUCAAGUGUUGGAGAAGUGGGGAUUUGAGAUUGGUUGAUCUUUAUAUAUUGAUCUUAUUAUAGUUUGAUCUAAAAAAUACUUGGAGCAUGAGUUUCGUAUAUGGUUACUCUCAAGUUACUCUCUUCUUGUUUACC